UCCCGUCUGCAGUCGCGAAGCCAGCAGCGCAAUCACACCGGAGAGACUGAGCCAGCGACGCAGUGACUCGACAAUAUAGCAGCCGACUGUCCUCACCAGGCACCCCGCGUCCAUUUUCUCCCUACUAAACCGUCAAUUCUCCCGUCGUCGUCAGCACUGACACCCAGACACAGCGGGAGAGGUGCGGGUUCGCGUUGGGAAGGGACCGAGAAGCAUUAUUGAUGUCCAGCUCGCCGCUGUCCAAGAAGCGUCGCUUGUCAGGAACGGAGACGAAGACGGGAUCCCACUGCUCCUCCUCUAACUCUGUCAGAACUGAUCUGUCCCACACACCUGCCAACGGCAUGGCUAAGAAUGGCAAUGAUGCUGAGAUUGACGAAGGCCUGUACUCCAGACAACUUUACGUGUUGGGCCAUGACGCGAUGAAGCGCAUGCAGAACUCCAAUGUCCUUAUCUCUGGUAUGAGAGGUCUUGGAGUGGAGAUUGCCAAGAACGUGAUCUUGGCAGGAGUAAGAAGUGUCACUGUACACGACCAAGGAGUUGCAGAAUGGCGAGACCUCUCCUCUCAGUUCUACCUCCGGGAGGAAGAUCUGGGGAAGAACAGGGCCGAGGUGAGCCAACACCGUUUGGCUGAGCUCAAUAGCUACGUUCCUGUGACCGCCUACACUGGAGAACUCACUGAAGACUCUAUGUCCAAGUUCCAGGUGGUAGUACUGACCAACUCAAAUCUGGAAGAGCAGCAUCAAGUGGGGGACUUGUGUCACAGCAAAGGAAUCAAGCUGAUCAUCGCAGACACACGUGGCCUGUUUGGCCAGCUUUUCUGUGACUUUGGUGAGGAGAUGAUCAUCUUUGACACCAAUGGAGAGCAGCCACUAAGUUCCAUGAUUUCCAUGAUCACCAAGGACAAUCAAGGGGUUGUGACAUGUCUGGAUGAGACUCGUCAUGGCUUUGAGAGUGGCGACUAUGUCACCUUCACAGAGGUUCAGGGUAUGACUGAGCUCAAUGGCUGCCAGCCAGUGGAAAUCAAAGUUCUGGGUCCCUACACCUUCAGUAUCUGUGACACAACUGGUUUUACGGAUUACGUGAGAGGAGGAAUUGUCUCUCAGGUCAAGAUGCCCAAGAAGAUUGCUUUUAAAUCCGUCUCUUCCUCCAUGGCUGAGCCAGAGUUUGUAUUGACAGACUUUGCCAAGUUCGACCGUCCAGGGCAGCUUCAUGUGGGCUUCCAGGCAAUCCAUGCCUUCCAGAAGAAACACAACCACCUUCCUGUACCUUGGAACCGGGCUGAUGGUGAAGAGUUCUUGACAUUAGCCAAGGAGGUGAACUCUGCCCAGACCGGCUCCGCCAAAGUGGAACAGUUGGAUGACGAUCUUAUCAAAAAGUUGUCAUUUGUUUCUGCUGGAGACCUGGCCCCUGUCAAUGCCUUCAUUGGAGGUCUGGCAGCGCAGGAAGUGAUGAAGGCAUGUACAGGAAAAUUUAUGCCAAUAAUGCAGUGGCUGUAUUUUGAUGCCCUGGAGUGUUUGGCCGAAGAGGAAGGAGUCACACUCACCGAGGAAGAAUGCGCCCCUAGAAACUGUCGCUAUGAUGGGCAGAUUGCAGUGUUUGGCACCAAGCUGCAGGAUUUGCUUGCCAAACAACGAUACUUCCUGGUUGGAGCUGGGGCCAUUGGCUGUGAAUUGAUGAAAAACUUUGCGAUGAUCGGCCUGGCUGGCGGAGAGGGCGAGGUCAUUGUGACGGACAUGGACACCAUAGAGAAGUCCAACCUCAACAGACAGUUCCUCUUCAGACCCUCAGACGUGACGAAAAUGAAGAGCGAUACUGCAGCAGCAGCGGUGAAGCAGAUGAACCCGUCCAUCAAGAUCACAGGUCACCAGAACAGAGUGGGCCCCGACACGGAGAGGGUCUAUGACGACGACUUCUUUGAAAGCCUUGAUGGAGUGACCAACGCACUGGACAAUGUAGAUGCACGCAUGUACAUGGAUCGGAGGUGUGUGUACUACCGUAAACCCUUACUGGAGUCUGGUACUCUUGGCACCAAAGGCAACGUCCAGGUCGUGAUCCCCUUCCUCACAGAGUCAUACAGCUCCAGCCAAGACCCACCGGAGAAAUCCAUCCCAAUCUGUACCCUGAAGAACUUCCCAAAUGCUAUUGAACACACACUGCAGUGGGCCCGUGAUGAGUUUGAGGGAUUAUUCAAACAGCCACCAGAGAAUGCCAUGCAGUACCUCUCAGAUCCUAAAUUCAUGGAGCGUACUCUGAAGCUGCCCGGAGCUCAGCCUGCAGAGGUCCUGGAGGCUGUCUACAAGAGUCUCGUCACAGACUGCCCCCAUAGCUGGGCCGACUGCGUAGCCUGGGCACGCAACCACUGGCAGUGCCAAUACAGCAACAACAUCCGUCAGCUACUGCACAACUUCCCCCCAGAUCAGCUCACCAGCUCUGGUGCCCCCUUCUGGUCUGGCCCAAAGAGGUGUCCUCACCACCUAGAGUUCAGCACUAGCAAUGAGCUGCACAUGGAUUAUAUUAUGGCUGGGGCAAACCUGUUUGCGCAGACAUAUGGCCUCCCAGGCAGCACUGAUCGUGCAGCUGUGGUCAAGAUCUUGCAGGAGAUCAAGGUGCCGACCUUUAUCCCUCGUUCAGGAGUUAAAAUCCAUGUCUCUGAUCAGGACCUGCAGAAUAGUAAUUCCUCUGUUGAUGACUCGAGACUGGAGGAGCUAAAGGUCACGCUGCCUUCCCCCGAGACUUCACAGUUCAAACUCUGCGCCAUUGACUUUGAGAAGGAUGAUGACACAAACUUCCACAUGGACUUCAUUGUGGCAUCAUCCAACCUGAGAGCAGAGAACUACGACAUUCCCCCGACAGACAGACACAAGAGCAAACUGAUAGCUGGCAAGAUCAUUCCUGCCAUCGCCACUACCACGGCUGCAGUGGUGGGCCUGGUGUGUCUGGAGCUCAUCAAGAUUGUCCAAGGUCACAAGAAGCUAGAAUCGUUCAAGAAUGGCUUCAUGAACUUGGCCCUGCCUUUCUUUGCCUUUUCUGAACCCAUUGCUGCCCCCAAACACAAGUACUAUGAAAUUGAUUGGACGUUGUGGGAUCGCUUUGAGGUCACAGGUGUUCAGCCCAACGGGGAGGAGAUGACACUCCGACAGUUCUUGGACUACUUUAAAACCGAGCACAAGUUGGAGAUCACCAUGCUUUCUCAGGGAGUGUCCAUGCUCUAUUCCUUCUUCAUGCCUGCUGCCAAACUCCGAGAGAGACUGGACCUGCCGAUGACAGAGAUUGUGACUAAGGUGUCCAAAAAGAAGCUGGGAAAGCACGUGAAAGCCCUGGUGUUUGAGCUAUGCUGUAACGACCUGACAGAUGAAGAUGUGGAAGUGCCCUAUGUCCGAUACACCAUCCGCUGAGCUCCACACUCUACCCAUCCACAAGACGGGAUCCAGUUGGUGCUCGGCUGUGGGAACAGGGGGAGUCGCUGGAGGAAGGGAGCAUGUAUACUGGACCUCCUGAUGUUUCUCAGUAGCAGAACCUUCUGCUCCAUUGAAUUCCACGCCUUCAUGUUCUCAUGGUACUCCAUAGCCCAACUAGUGUCCCUCUGAAACACCCCCGCUCUCUAACUAAGCUUCAUCGCUAGAGAAAAGGUUUUUUAACAACUCUCCACUCUACUUGCUCUCUUCCCUUUUCCAACCCUGUUUCUCGUAGACCUGCUCCCUCAUUACUGUUUUGUUUUUCCAGAAAGAUGCAGGUAAAAGGAGUUCAGCUAAGAAACCCCAAAGUAGUGACGUGUAUUGAGAAUCCUUUUAAGAAUCCCCUUAAUUCUACCUGAAAGUUUGAGUUUAAAGCUGAAGAAACGCCCAAAGACUCGGUCAAACCCAAGUCUACGGCAUUUCCUUACUGGAAAAAUAAUCACACGCCAGCAGAAUAGGGACCCUCGCUGGUUUGAAGCACCCUUAACACACCCACCUCAUCCAGCACUCUUGACUUCGGAGGGGCUCUUGCACAUGACAUCAGUUUUCUCUUUAUAUUUCAUGUGUUUUGUUUUGUUGUUUUCUAUUUUAUUUUUUGUGGGGGUGAGAGUGGCCGAAGGUUUCAAACACACAAACACCUUUUUAGAUCAUGCCUACUUUCUACUUUAACUCCAAAUGACAUUACAGUGUAAAAGCAAGGCAAUGAGAUGUAUCUUGAAAUGCGAGCACUUAGUGUGAUAGUGAAUAAACAUGUAAAAGAUA